UCCCUGAUGUUCCACUUUCUGGCCCUAACUCCUUUUCUUUGUGGUUUUGUGUCUUUAGCCGUCUACAUUACAGUUCUCUACCCUUGUUUUCUGAGCUGACCUCUCAUACCAGCCCAUCCCCUGCUGCCAGAUUGGUUUUCACACAGUCCGAGCCCCUCCCUGUUUCCACAGCGACGCAGCUGUCACCUGUCACUUUCCUGGUGGGGAUGCGCACUAGCCCAUGAUGGCUCAGAAUAGAAUUGUGGGAGAGUUUAGCUGAAAGUGGGAGAGCAGCAACAUUAAGUGUUCAUUAGGGCUCAACGGUUCACCAGGACAAUGAAUAAAUAAAUCCCUUCUACCUGGGAAUUGGUUUUAUGUUCCUGCGACUGACGGACCACUUCUAAUGACCAAGAUCUUGGUUCUGAUUGAAUGGACGAGCAGGACAGAGUAAGUCAAGCAUCCAGUGUGGCAACAAUUUCUUACUUUCCUGUCGUGAAGGAAAGCGAUGGAAAGGUGCAGACAUUUGGGAAAAGAUGUCAGUCUGCAAAAAGAGAUCCCAACUGCUCCGUGGUCAUCAGAGGAUGGCUCAACAAGAAAGACAGCUCUGGUUUGAAGCUUUGGAAGAGAAGAUGGUUCGUCCUCUCCAACUUCUGUCUGUAUUACUACAAAGACAGUAGAGAAGAAACUGUGCUGGGGAGCAUCCCACUACCAAGCUACAAAAUCCUGUUCUGCACACCGCGAGAAUGCAAGAACAGGAAGUUCACCUUCAAGGUGGUGCACCAGGGAAUGCGGUCAUACUUCUUCAGUGCCGAUACUCAGGAGGACAUGUUGGGUUGGGUCAGAGCCCUGAGUCAGUCGGCUGCUAUGGAGCCCGACAGCACCAUGAACAGGCGUUGCUCAAGCUACCAGGAUUUCACACAGAUAGGGGGCAGCAGUGAGUCGGUGAACGGCCCAAAGUACCCUGAGGAGGAGGAGAGUCCCUCCCAGAAACACAAGCAUGUCAGUCGGACCCUGAGUGAACCGAGCCAUUUUGUUGGGAGGAAGGGGAGGUCCCAGUCGGAGCAUAGAGGGAGGUGGAGUGCUCAUCACAGAAACAGCCCCUCAGACAGAACUCCGAGCCCUCCUGACUUAGGCAGAAGAAGAGCUGCUGGUCCAAGCAGAGAGGACACCUCUCUUGUUGGAGAAAACACUCUGACAGAAGCAGAAAUCCUGGGUUCCUUAAACUCCAGAGGACAGCUGGGGUCACGACCUCACACACCGGUGGGAAGGGUUGACCUUCGACCCCUUGAUGACCCCGGUGUGCUCCAGAACCUGUACUUCGCACCGGCCUCACCAAAGCUGGAGUUUAAAUCUGCUCCUACCACGCCGCUCACAGAGAGAUGGCAUAGCCUGAGCAAGCCUGCACCCGUCUAUGGUUCUGUCCAUCAUCCAUCAACUGGGAGAAGACCUUUAGGAAAGAGCCACUCGACAGGGGCAGACUUACUGCCACCCUUGCCCCCCUCAUCGAGAGCUCCCCACCCCCCACAACACCGCCGCCAACAUCACUGCAGCCAUUUAUCUGUUUGUGCGCUUCCGCCAGCUAUGACUUCUAAAUCAGAAGUGAGAGAAUUGCCUCCGAUCCGACCUCUGGAAAGUGAUGCAGAUGCCGUGCUAACGAGGUUGUGUGGGUGUGACAAGCUGCUUCAGUCUCUGUCUGUGGAACUGACUCAGCUACAAAUGGAUAAGGAUAGUGUUCAGUGUGCAUUAGAGAUGUCCAGGCUCCAAGUGGAGGAGUGGAAGACCCAGGGGCCCCAGGCCCUGGAGGAAGCGCUGACCCAGAAGGCUUUGCUGCUGGAGGAGCUGGUGACAAUUCGAGCCAGAGUGUGUGAUGUGUCUCUGGAAAUGGAGCGAGUUUGGAAUCAGUAUGAGAGAAUGGAGAGUGAACUAUCCGUCAUCCAUUCACACCUGCAGCACAUCUGUAACUUUGGGAUGCCACAGGAGCAUUCUCAGGCUCAGAGAGAGCUGUGGAUGAUGGAGGACAUCCUUGCUGGACUAAAGGUCAAUAGAGAUCAUUUCUGUCUCCUGCUUGGACUACAAAGACCUCAUGUGUUCCAGUCCUCAGUUCCACUUCCUGGGUCCCCUGGUUCUCCCACAGGAAGACUACCAGUGUCCCUGCAGGAGUUGGAACUAGAGCCCCCGAUCCGCCCACCUUUACCCCUGGAGCUACAGGAGAGCCACCCUAUCAGGGACCAGGGCCGUGGCUGGCCCGAGUCUCCAUAUGAGGGAAUCUACUCCCAGGCUGCUGAUCCUGUAGACAGAAGAGGAAAAAUCCAGCCUGACCUCUUAAAUAUGAAAGCCCAGAGAGCUCCAGCUGAAUCUCAGUCUGGCUCAAAGUGGAUCCCAGCAGAUGCUACCGUCCAAUCAACAAAGAAAUUAAAAACAAAGAUGAGUGAAGAAGAGCAGAUUGAGAGGAUGAAGAGGAACCAGGAGAGGGUGACUAACAAGAAGAAACCUCCAGCUUCUGCUAAGGAGCCCCAGAUUCAAAGUUCAGAAGCCAGAGAGACCCCAUUUCCUUUAAGAGUAACGCGAGUUGUUACAGCCAUCCUACCAUCCUCGCUUGUGGCUAGAAAGGUUUCUGUGGAGGAUCCGCCACCUGAGCUUGAUGCUCCUCUGCUUGAACAAAUCCCACCUGAGGCACAGCAGCUUCAGCUGGCUGAACGGAGCAAAAAGGUGCCAUGCAAGCCAAACAGAUGGCUUUUGGAGAGCCCUGACCAGGAUGAUUCAGUAAUGAAGACAAGUAGACAGCAACAUCAGGGAAGAUCCUGGGCCUCCAGGAUGGACUCGUGUCCAGACGGGAGCCCAACCGUGGAAACAGAAGCUCCAGGCAUUCAGGCUCAAGACCUAACAAACUCAGGAAGAAGCGAAGGCCUGGAUGUCCGGGCAGAGGAUCAAUUUGCCACCCCUCCUACACCCGACACGACCCAUGACCUCAGUCUGAGCCCUGAGCAGCGAGACGCUAAGCUUCGACGAGUCGAGCGAAUACGAGAAAGAGUCAUGCGCAGUGCAGUCAGAGAGACCACAGACAAUCAGCAUCCAAUCAGGGGGAGGAGGAAGGAGGUGCACCAGGUGUCCCUCGACACGGCUAAUAAUCAAAAGAUUAAAAAAGGAAAUGGAAGCUGCUUGGUUCACUUGGGUAGCACAACAGAAUGUCAGCUUCCUGGUGGAACAUCUCAGGAACAUGAAGAUAAAAAUCAACAUCUUAACAAAUCUAAAAGUCAGGUGAAGUCAGAGAACAAAACACGUCACUGUGGGAAAGCAGGAAACACUAAAAUCAAACGCCCAGAUUCUCCAUAUCACGUCUCGUCCAUGACCAUCUUUCACAAAGAUGGAGGCAACCACAGCUCAGAGGAGCAGAAGAGGGCUGAAGAAGUCACGGCUGAGGACAACAACUUCAAGUCUGAUCUGAGAGCUCAGUGGUUCCUUUCCACAAAGCAGUGGCAAGGCUUUGUACAGAUCCCCACCUCAGGACCUCUUCCAAACACGGAUGGACCAGACGCCGAUAACCGGUCUCUGGGUUGGGAUGGCAUCAUCGAUCCCAAUGAGCUGUCUUUAGAGGUGAGUGAGAGCCUGAAGAAAAUGAAAGAGAACCAUUCCCUCUUCUAUAAGAUUGCGUGUGACAUCAGUAUUUCAGACUCAGACAUCACAAAGAACGAAGAUCAACCAUCAUCAAGACCAGAUCAGGAGGAAGAGUUAGUGAUAACUGAAUCAGAGCCGACUGGCGAUGGAACGUCAUGCGUUCAGAGGUCCAAGCAGGAUUCGCCAUCAGAUGAAAGUAUUGUUGUUACCAAAACUCAAGAAUCAACACAUGAAAUCCAGGACCAGGUUUUAGUGGAGUCGGCACAUGUUCAUGAAGAAAGUACUCCAGAAGAAUAUGAGAACAAAUCUGAGCUAAACAUUUCCAAACCUGGCGUUCAAAAAAUAAAUGGUAAUCAGACUUUGGAUGACCCUAACCCUAUCCCGAUCAAAGAGCAAACGUGUUUGAAGAAAGAUGUAGAAGACCAGACUGAGGACCAAGAGAGACAAGAAGUACUAAAAGAACGGAUACAAUUAAGUAAGGAAGUGAGAGAGCAAGAUGAAGGCCACAAACUCUCCAUCAAUCCAUCCAACACCAGGUGUGAUGGGGGAGGUGUGAUUAGGAGCGCCUCCUUUGGGAAGCCAAGGGUUACGGUAAUAAAGACAAGUUUGUAGAAGUGAAGAAGGGGCAUAUUUAUGGGUCAGAAGAAUGAUCACUGGAACAAGAAAGAUGAGCUGUGUGAACGAGAUUGGGUCCAACUUUGAGUUAUGAUAUCAGAAAAAGGCGGGAUCUUUGGUAAUCUCAAACAUUCUUUAGAAAAAAUGGAUAAACAAUUGCAUGUCUUCAUGCAUGUCAAAACAGAAACUAUUUAUUUAAGUUAACAAUGGCUCAACAAAACAGUGAUUUGUAAAAGACAUUCCUCCCUUACAUGUUUCACUCUUCUUUUUUUUUAUUUUUGCCACUAAAAUGUUUCAGAUAAGCGAAUAAUUUCAAUAUCAGACAACCUGAGAUUAGGUAAAAAAAAGAAUCUAUUUUUCAUCUAUUGCAGGAUAAAGCUUUCCCAAUUAACUUGUGUGAAAAAACAAACCCACCUCAAAGCAAAAACAAAACAACUCUGGAAGGGGGAAAUGCACGGAUGGUGACCAACAGCAGCUGAGGCUAACACUUUGAUUCCUCUUGUUGUUUUUUUUCUAACAGAAACCAUGAAUCCGAUUUUAGCUGACAGCACAUGUCCUGCCUUUGCCCCUGCAAAAACACUGUUUUGUAUCUCAAAUGUCCUGAAUAAUAAAUAAUAAACUGUGUGCUACAUCA